GUCCAGGCAGUGUGAAUGCUGAGGACAGAAGAGUUUGAUGCCACAGCACUGUAAGUUCUUUGUUUGGAGUACACAUUAUGAACCCUUUGUGGAGCAUGUCUGCAAGCUCUGUGCACAAACAAGCUGAAGGUGAAGAGAAGACAUUAGCAGAGGAUGUGAAAAACAGGCCUCUGCAAACUGAACCAAAAAAGCAGCUCUCAUCUAUUCCCAAAAACGCUCUGCCCACAACGAAGCCUACAUCUCUAACCCGAGCAACGCAGUCAACAAAUGGCACUCAUGCUUCUUAUAGACCCUUCUACCUGGAAUAUUUGCUUCUUGCAGAAUUUACAUUGGUAGUGAAGCAGAAGCUACCAGGUGUCUAUGUACAACCAUCGUAUCGCUCUGCAUUAGUGUGGUUUGGCGUAAUAUUCAUACGACAUGGGCUAUUUCAGGAUGGCGUGUUCAAGUUUACGGUGUAUAUUCCUGAUAACUAUCCAGAUGGCGACUGUCCUCGCUUGCUGUUUGACAUUCCCAUCUUUCAUCCGCUAGUUGAUUCCACCUCAGGUGAACUGGAUGUGAAGAGAGCAUUUGCAAAGUGGAGGAGGAGCCAUAAUCAUAUAUGGCAGGUCUUAAUGUACGCAAGGAGAAUCUUCUAUGAGAUCUACACAACAAGCCCCCUGAACCCAGAGGCUGCAGUGCUGUAUGAAAAAGACUUUCAGCUUUUUAAGAAUAAAGUGGUGGACAGUGUUAAAGUGUGUACUGCUCAUUUGCUUGACCAACCGAAAAUAGAAGAUCCCUAUGCAAUUAGCUUUUCUCCAUGGAACCCUUCUGUACAUGAGGAAGCCAAAGAGAAGAUGCUGACUCAGAAAAAGCCUGACUAA